AUGCUCUGCCGCCAUCUCUCUUCACGGCGAGCAGCAUGGCGCGCUACUCAGAUGCUGUGCUCUGGCCGCUGCUCGCCAUCGCCAUCAGCAGCGCGAAGGCCCCUGGACUUGGUCCGUACGUACUCCAGUGAUCGCAGUAGAAUGCGUCAAAGGGCCGCGCCGAAGCCUGCCCCAUCGCCAUCGCCGAGGAGGAGACCUGAGACGAUGGCAGAAUCUCGCCCACUUGAAGUGCGCCCUCGGUCGCCAGACGACUUCAAGCUCACGACGCCAAACCGAGAAGGCUUCACCCUCGACCACAAAAGAGUGCACCGCAUCUACAGCGAGUUUCUGAACGCGGCGUCCGGGCUUCACCAGGGGCAGAAACACUGGCUUUCUGAGUUUGCCAAGGUCACGGCAGAGCACGAUAUAAAACCUCAGGACUUCUACGAGGUGGCACUCCGCAUGUCAGAUCUUGGCCCCCUCUCAAGGGUCGAGCAUGAGUCCCAGUCUCGCAUGCUCGACUCGGCCAGCGAGCUCGGUCACGUCCCCGCCACACUCCACAUCAUCCGCACCGUGCUCUAUGGGAAGAGCCCGGAGAACCUGCAGCGCUCUUGUCCCCGCGCCUACGCCCGCUUCCGCACUCUCGUCGACGAGGGCCGGAACCCCGACGCCCUGACCCUCGAGGGCAAACUCCACGCGCUGCGCGGCGAGAGGGACCAGGCUGUCGCGCUGUUCCGCCGCGCCAAGGAUGUCGCUGCAGCCGCAGUUGCCAGCGGCGGCGGCGGAUUUCAGUGGAAGAAUCUGUGCCAGGUCGAGCUUGCCAAGCUGCAGGAGGCUGUCGGUGCCAGGCAGGAUGCCUACCGGGAGUACCGCGCGCUGGCCGACGCCGGUGACGCCCGAGGUGUGCUACUAUCUAGGGGACGCUCGACGCGUGCAUGCCGGGGACGGUUCUGGCUAGUGCAUGAAGCCUAG